AUGUGUCCGCCUGCUGUGUCCGCCCUCGCCGCUCAAGGCUGGAGCUUGCUGAUACCGAUCCUGGUCUUAAUUUUGGUCGCCAGGGGGGCCAUCGCAGCAGAUUCCACCGCCAACAGCACAGACGGGACAGCGCUCGUGCGUGCGAGCAUUCCAAUCAACGUCAGCCAUGCUGCAACCAAUGGACUGGCGUGGACCUGCACGGGCGCUUGCCAGCUGCGUACCGCCAACAACCACAGUGCCGUGCAGCUUUUGGCCAAUGACACGUGCCUGUGGAGCAAGCUGCCCACCGGCCAGGUUACCCCUCUUUCCCAUGAGCGAUUUGAAUUUUGGCUCCAAGUGAGCAGCAACGACGAGGCACACAAUGCUGGCACCUUGUUGGCACUCUCCAACAAGCUCGGCCAAGCUCGCUACAGCCUCAGCGCAGGACAGCUGCAUUUCCAGCUACAAUAUGGCCUCUAUGAUUGGAACGCUUCCGCACCAUGCUCUCUUGAGCCUUGGACCUGGUACCACUUUCGCCUGGAGCGUAAAGCCCACGUGUGGAAUGCCUCAAUUGGAACCGUGGCUGCUCUGACCCUCGACCUACCUGGGCGCAGCCCAGACUACUCCCACCUCAGUCUGGGCUGUGCUUGGCAGGUUGCUCAACCCACGUCCCGCUUUCGCGGUGCCCUCUCAUUGCCCAGCAUAGACUUGGCGGCGACCCACCCCGUGCCCCCACCUCCGACCUCACCGCCCACCCUCAGUCCAACGCUGGCCGAUCAGUCAAUCGUGCUCACAGUCGCCCCGCACCCCGAUUUACUCAAACCGCCGUACAAUGAGCCGACAGCGACGGUUGCGGCGGCCCAUCGCCUGGCCAACACCCAAGCCGGUUUGAUCGCUUGGUGGUGGCCCCCGACACACCGCGAUGAGGCCGCUGCGGCCCACCUCGUGCGGGAUUGGAGCGGACAACAACGACAUGCUCUGCUCGUGGGUGGACCAUCCUCAGGGGCACGGUCUGCCGUAGACCCCAGAUUGCCACACCUUCUCCCUGCCCUGAGCGAGAGUGGGUGGGUACUUCACGCCAUCCUGGCUGCACCCGCUUAUGAGGCCACCACGACCGUCACGCUGUCCCUUCGCUUGUGGUUUCCGACCUCCCCCGCUGCCGAGUGGCUGGGCAACCGCGUGGCCAGCAAUGGGUCGGCUUUCUCGGCGCCUGCUGCGCUGCCGCUGCUGGCCUCUAUUGGUAGCACUGACGCUCGUUUUGAGUUGCGUCGACGAGCUGCUACCCUGCAACUGUGGAUGGGCACAACCCUGCUCAACACCACUGACGCCCAAUCUGGGAUUGCUUUUCCACCGACCCUUCGUACUUGGCUUCACUUGGCCUUCGUCCUCGAGCCGGGCACAGCCCACUUGUAUGCCAAUGGCAGUUUUCUGGGGUCGUGGGCUUUGGCAGAGACAUGGUCGUUUCCCGCCAGCGAAAAUUGGAGCGUCUUCGUCGGUGCCGAGGUCAAACUACCUGGCGCCCGCGUGCCCCAGUCUGUGCUGGAAGCACACGUGCAUGACGUGCGCCUCUACGCAAGCGCCCUAGACCAGAGUCGCAUUCAAGCCAUUGCUGCCGACGCCCCUCAAGACCCCACCCGCUCGGUGCGCUCGUGUAACUGGACGGGAUCAACCAUCGUGACGGCACCAUCUACGGCUGCCUUUCACAUCCUCGCCCCUCGCCACGAGUGGGGCGAGCACAUGUGUGGCAACUUGUUCCUGGACAACGGAGCCAAUGGCGCACAUGCCGUACAGCAGAAUGCUGCAUGGGCUACAAAUACUGGCAACGGGCCGACCUUGUCUGCCAUGCGCAUCAAUGCGGCGGCUCGAGCCCUCAAGUUUCCCUUCCCACCCCGCCUGCCUGCCAGCCUGUCCGUCUCCUUCUGGUGUCGUCCCGACAAUGCGACGCGCUUACAGUCACUAUUUCUGUAUGACAUGGGCGGGGAUGGUGCAUCACCAAGUGGAGGCGCUUUAGAAAUCCGUCUCGCCCAAGAACGAUUUCAGCUCUACGUGGCCAAUGGCGAUGUCAAUGCUGCCACCCCGAUCACAACCGGUCUGGCCAGUCAGGCCCGGUCGGGUCAGUGGUCUCAUGUUGCUCUUACUUUCAGCGCUGGCUGGGCGCGCAUCUACGUCAAUGGGACGCUGGCACAACAAGCCUCCAUCGGCAGCACUCAGCCACCUUUGACGGCAGCCUUUGUGAUCGGAGGAAGGACCACGACCUCCAUUCAGGCUUACGCGGGCCUUCUGGACAAGGUGCGCCUGUACGAUUUUGUUCUGAACGCACAGCAGGUAGCAAGCCUCGCCACCAACCAAGAAAUUCUCAUUCUGACUACUUCCACUACUACGACUACAACCACCACAACGUCAACAACAACCACAGAGUUGAUGAGCACUGAAGCCCCCGAUGCCCAAGCCAGUGCAGGCUCUUGCUUCGACCCCAAUGCAGAGACGAGCACCUGCCCUGGUGGUUCGCAAGGCAACGCCUCCUUGCAGCAAAUCGUGGUGACCUUGAUUGUGGUCCUGGUGAUAUGUGUCAUUCUGCUCGCUGGCUUUGCGGCGACCCUGGUUGGGCACCGCCGCGCCUUACACUCGGUGCCGCAAGAGGGCCGACGUUGGAUUCAUUUGGCCGUGGGUCUGCUCGUCGUUCUGCUGGGCAUGGACCUGGCCGCCAUGCUGUACACCACUACGCUGCAGCGCGCCAUCCACAGCGAUGGCCAGGCGCGCACCUACGCUUUUGUUAACGCGUCUAGCCAUGCCGAGUUUGAAUUAUCGGAUGCAGGCCACAUUUUCUGGCUCUAUCCCGUUGCUGAUAUGGGGCAACUCCAGCGCAUAGACACUGGCUGCUCAGGGUCGCUGGUAGAGGGCGCUUGCUUGAGUGCGUUGAAUGUGACGUGGUGUAGUGAGCUUGCAGCCGAUCCAGCUUUGUCCGUGGGCUGCCAGCUGCCGGUGAUUCGCAGCGGCUACGAUGACUCGUCGGACCUGUGUGAUGCCACACACGGCCUGUAUCCCCCCUAUACCUCCGCCGCCUGUGGCCGACCUUGUUGUCGAGCGCUGCCUCACAGCCACGACCGAUCAUCAACUUGUGUAGGGUGCCGAGGCAACAGCUGCGCUUCGUGCUUUGACAAAAGGGCCUGGGAGCUCCGAAAUGAAGAGUCUUGGAAAGACACGGUGGAAGCUUUGACGUCAGAUGACGAGCUGCCGCCCGACCCCUCGGAUCUCCAACCCGAUCCAGGGUCACCAAAACUCGUGUGGAAUCGUGUCCACUAUGAUAAUACUCACGGCAGUGGGGUUGAUGAAGCGCCAGGGCCCAUUGCUGAGUAUGAUUAUGUAAUGCCGAUGAGAAGCAAGCGCGCGGUGACGCCGUUUGCCACACUGGAUCGAAUUCCGCAGUCGCGCGCGUCAGGCCACAGCGUGUGGAUGGAAGUGGAAGAUGGACAGCUUUCACCACGCAUCACGUCUGUAGACCCGGAGGCGCCCCGCCGAGCAUCAGAGGCGAGCACGCGGUCGCGCAAUCUUCUGCUCUCGCCACGUGGCAGUAACAGAAUAUACCCAAGCGCCUUCGAUCCUGAGCCUUCCUCAUCCACGGCUUGA